GUCAGUGGUAAAGUUUCGUAUCAUUGUUUAUGGCUAACAAAAUAUGGCGGCUGUCGUAGCAACAGCCGAUAUGACGAUUCAAAAGAAUUCUCAGAUUUUAGUAAAUGUAGAAGAAGCUUUAGCUGAUUUAAUUGUUGUAUCGUAUUGCACUGAGGAUAAAAAGUUUCAAGGCGUACUCCUGGACUCCAACAAAGGUAAUUUACCUUAUGGUGUCUAUAGCCUCAACCCAGCAUUCAAUAAACAGGUUGAAUCCACAAAUGAAAGCGAUAAGUUACAUUCCGUUAGCCAAAGGUUCACCUACCAAGAGCCUCAAUAUGAGGGCGAGAACUCGCAAAAAUCAAAGAAACCAGCUGCGAAAGGUAAACAGCAACAAAAGAUGACCGUAAGACUUCGACCUCGGAAGGUCUUGUGUUCAAACUGCCAAGGGAUUUGUAAUGAGAAUAAUGAAAAUGUAGACGUGUCUAAAAAACGUAAGAUAGAAUCUGAUGACGAUACAUCACACUUCUCUGACUCAUCAAGGACAGAAAAAAAAUAUUUAAUGGGCAGCAUGCUUAUACCCAAGCUGUCCAGGCUGCAGCCCAGUGAAAUCACGAGUGCAGUUAAGGGCUCAGCGAAAAGUUCCAGUAAGGCUAGUGAUAAAUCAAUUAAAAGUAAGAAAUCUAACACAGAGACUGUAACACAAGAAAUGGCGUUUGUCAGCGUUUCUGAGGAUAUGGAAGGCGACAAGGAUGAUGUGAAAGAUGAAAAUGGCAUUUCUUUUAGUUCAAUGUUUUCUAGUGCAAAAACUCUAAAAAUAUGUUUUGGGGAAGGUGAAGGAACAGUAGUUAAGAUACCACCACUUGCAGGAGAUUUUAAUGAAGAUUCAGGUGUGUCAUGUGAUAUGGGAAAGCCAACAAAACCUGACUCAAAAGCAGCUAAAAAGGCAUUAAAGAAAGCAAAAAAACAGGCAAAAAAGAGCACCUCUGUAGAAAAAAGUCAAACUAUGCAAUCCCCAAAACAUAUUGGCGCAUUAUCGCCACAUAACAAUGUAUCAAGUCCAACACUAGACCCUUUAGAAAAGAAACACAAGCAUAAGGUAAAGCAUAAAAAGAAGUAUAAGAAUCAGAAGAAACGUGAUGAAAACACAAGCAAAUGUGGAGAGAGUGAAUCAGUGGACUAUUUUAGUGAUAUUAAAGAGCAUUGUAUGAACCAGAAGCUCUGCAUAAGCUUACGAAGACUAAGUAGUAAUUCUCAUGAAAAGCAGAGUGAAAAUGAUCCUAUAGAAAGUGGUUCAGAAGACUGGGACAGUGAGGUUGUGCCAGAUUUCCCUGCAAAUGGUACGGAGGGUGUUGGUGGAAGGGUGUUACGGGUUUCGGUUGGAGAUGUAGUAUGGGGAAAGGUGGUAGGGUUUCCAUGGUGGCCAGGCAAGGUUCUCAAUGUGACACCAUCAUCCAGAGCACAUGUAGCAUGGUACGCUUCAACCACCUCAUCUCUCAUGCCAUGUGAUAGCUUGAGUCCAUUUUUAGAAGAUUUUAAGUUACGAUUUUUGAAGAAAAAGCGGGGACCAUACAAAGAGGCUGUAAUACAAGCAACACUUGAAGCUAAGAGGAAUGAAUCUCAUGUAACCGAUCCACUGGCGAGCCCAACACACACAUUGGCAACAGUAUCACCUCGACCCAUCGAUGUGUUCUCUUAGACUAAGGUGCAUCCGAAUUUAUUCAAAGUCAUGUGAUAUUUAAUACAUAAUUACUUGAUUUAUGUGCACAAAUAGUGUUUCUUAAUGUGAUUUAGUUAUUGCACUGGAAAUAAAGAUUAA